AAACGUAGAAGAAACUCUACUAUUCCGAAGCUGCUAUCUCCCCUUCGCGAUCAAAAACCUUCCUUCUCUGUCUCUCUUCUUCUUCUAGUUCGUAGAAUCGGAAGAGAUCGAUCUGAUCUUCAAAUCAAAUUCUAAACCCAGUGGGAACUGAGAUCUCUUGAGAGAGAGAUUAUCAAUGGCUGGACAGACUGAUCCUCACAUCUCACUCUUUUCUCCUCAAGAGGUUGAGUUCAUGGCAGAAGACGAAAUGGUGGAGAUUGUUCCCAACAUGAACAUGGACCCGCUCAACUUCAUCGCUGGGGAUUAUGGUCGGUUCGUUCCUCAGAUUCCAACGCAAGUGCCUCUGUGGCUUGCAGUCGCACUGAAACGUAGAGGCAAAUGCACUUUCCGCCCUCCAGCCUGGUUGUCUGUUGACAAUUUGACUCAGGUCUUGGAAGCAGAACGAGAACCUCAGUCGAAAUUUCAGCCAUUACCAUCGGGUUACAUUGAGAUUGCUAGACUGCUUUUUGAUCAUGCACGUGAUGAUAUUCCAGACAUGUAUAUGGUGAAAUCACUAGUCGAGGACAUCAGAGAUGUGCGGCUUCACAAACUCGAGACUAACUUGGGAACGUUUGGAGCAGAUACAACUGCAGUAAAGAUGAAUAAUGUAUCUGCAAUGGAAGUGAACCUAGUCCGGCCAUUUGUGAUAAGAGCCUUAGAAGCGUUUUAUAAGCAUGACAAGCCAGAGCGUGAUGCAGACAGAGAUGCUAGAAGUAGUAGUAGUAGUAGUAGUAGACAACCACCCCGUGAAGCUAACAAUGAACCACGGAGACCUCUAAGGCAACGCUAAGGAGCUUCCAUCUCUUCUGUGCUAAUAUUUGUGGAACUCCCUGGGGAAUUGAGAACAUCAACAGCGUUUAUCUCUCUGUCUUACUAUCUGCCUUGUUUCUCUUGUUCGGUUACAUGCUCUUUGAUAUGUAUCAAGCAUCCUUGCACUUAAUGAGUGGUUCUGAUAUUCAGUAGAGUUAGAUUCUGGUGUGACUA